AUGGCACCUGUCGAAGCCAAACAAACGCACAUGCACGAGAACCCAUCGGACUUCAACACCGAGGCGAGCUUCCCGCGGUUUGCUGAGCUCAUCCCAAACACAACGGUCACGGUAGGCCGUGACGCGCUGUUGGCCUGCGUGGUGGAUAAUCUGAAAGGCUACAAGGUGGCCUGGGUGCGGGUGGACACGCAAACCAUCCUUUCGAUACACCACAACGUGAUAACGCAGAACCCACGCAUUAGCCUCACCUACAACGACCACCGGUCCUGGUAUCUGCACAUCCGCGAGGUGGAGGAAAACGAUCGGGGCUGGUACAUGUGCCAGGUCAACACCGAUCCCAUGAGAUCGCGCAAGGGCUUCUUACAGGUCGUCGUACCACCAGCGAUCGUCGAAGCGCAGACGAGCAACGACAUGGUCGUCCGUGAGGGCACAAACGUGACGCUCAACUGCAAGGCGAAAGGAUUUCCCGAACCAUAUGUGAUGUGGCGUCGGGAGGACGGCGAUGAAAUGGCCAUUGGCGGUGAGAAUGUCAACGUCGUCGAUGGUGAGAUUCUUUACAUCACGAAAGUGAGCAGACUCCACAUGGCGGCCUAUCUGUGCGUCGCCUCGAAUGGCGUGCCUCCGUCGGUCAGCAAGCGGGUGCAGUUGCGAGUACAAUUUCCACCGAUGCUGUCCAUCCCGAACCAGCUGGAAGGAGCGUACGUUGGACAGGACGUCGUGCUCGAGUGCCACACGGAGGCUUAUCCGGCAUCGAUCAACUACUGGACGACGGAGCGUGGCGACAUGAUCAUAUCCGAUCUCUCCCGCACGGGCGAUAAGUUCGAAACGAUGUCCCGCAACACCGGCUACACGAAGUACAUGAGCCUGAAGAUUCGCAACGUCGGACCGGCGGAUUUUGGCUCGUACCGAUGCGUGGCGAAAAACUCAUUAGGCGAAACCGACGGACUAAUCAAAUUGGACGAAAUACCGGCCCCGACGACAAUAUUGACAACCGAAUCACUUUAUAACAAUCGAUCAAAAGGGCGAAAAGCCAACAAAAAGCACGAUCCCAUGAUGGUCGGCGAUUAUGGCGUGGAGGAGUGGAAAGAAAAUGGCCCAUCGAUACGACACCCACCGGGUGCGUUCCACAAUGCAUCUUCGACUGUCCGAACGGCAACGUGUGGUGUGUUCGUCCUGCUGCAGCUACUCUCGGCGCUUCUGCACGUGUACCACCUACACCACCUGCUGGCACCAUCAGCAACCGGACGUAGAAGAUGAAAGCGAAACCACCUGAACGUCCCGCCCGAGCGCGUGCCAUCGAAGUAGCCAUCGAUGCCAGCCAAGGAUA